AAUAAAAUCAAACGAAGAUGAAACAGUUUAGGAAUCCAGUCACGAUAGUGAUCGUACUGGUCAGUGUUCUCAACCGACAUGAAGUGAAGUGUAUUACAAACGGCAAAUCAGGAUCGAGCAUAAUUGGCAGUGCAACGUCUAGUACGGAAAGCUCGCAACAGCUAAAGGAUUUGAAAACCGACGGAACGAGCAGCUUCUGGAGUCCCCAUCCGGAGUACUAUCACGAACGGGACCGUUACAAUCGUCCGGAUCGGACGGAUUUUGUAACCUCCUAUGGAAACUCCUAUGACAGCGGGAACAAAUAUGGCGGUGGUUCACUGUCAUCGUCAUCGCUGUACGGAAACAAGGAUCGAUUGGGGGUAUACAACCCUCUAAACACCGGAACCGGUGACUCGUACUAUUCUUCGGGAGGUGUAUACGAUCGCAAGUAUCCCCCCUAUGGUCCACCUCAACCCGUCGAUUUUCCAGCCCACGGUCAUGAAUAUGAAGCUCAUCCCGGCUACAACCCUCAUGGUUACGGCUACAGUCUUGGAGAGCACUACGGAGGAAAGGACUUCAAAUCUUUUCUGAUUCCAUUAGCUGGCGCGGCCUUGCUCGGUAUCGCGGCUGCACUGGUAGUCAAUCCGGUACUGCUGCAUCUCGGAGCAGCUGCGGUGGGAAAGCGGAAGCGAAGAGAUGUAACGACGACGGCCAAUGCGCACAACCUAGCGUAUCGAGCGUGGUUGUUAAAGCCAACCUCUGCGACGCCACCGUCGACCUAA